UAAUUCUCCAAACACUGAAAAUUAACAUUAUUUAGAGAAGCAGAAUGGAAGAGCCUCACGUCCUCACCGUAAUAAUCUUCGCCGGCCUUUUCUUCUUUUUCUAUGUUAUUUUCACUAUGUCCCGGAGAUACGUGGUCCCUCAUCGGAAGAGACUCCCACCGGAAGCCGGUCGCGCUUGGCCAGUGAUCGGCCACCUCCAUCAACUAAAUGCAAGUGAGCCAAUCCACAUAACGUUGGCUAAAAUGGCGGAUGCAUAUGGACCAAUAUUCACGUUUAGGUUCGGUAUGAAAAAAACAUUGAUUGUGAGCAAUUGGGAAAUAGCAAAAGAGUUAUUCACUACCAACGAUAGAAUCUUUGCAUCUCGUCCAAAGCUACUUGCAUCAAAGCUUCUUACCUAUGACUAUGCCAUGAUAGGGUUUAGCCUAUACAAUCCACAUUGGCGCUAUGUCCGCAAAAUAGCGACGCUUGGACUCCUCACCAACCACCGCGUCGAGCAGCUCGAACACGUUAGAGCAUUAGAGGUUCAAACUUGGAUGAAGGAAAUCCAUGAGCUAUAUUGGCUCAAAAACAAAGAGAAAAGUGAGAGAGUGGUGGUGGAUAUGAAGAAGUGGUUUCAAGACAUAACCCUCAACACCAUAUUCAAGAUGGUGAUCGGAAAGCGAUUUACAACGGCCUUCGAUGACGACAUAGCCAGCAAAAAAUGUCGAAAAGCAUUGAGAGAUUUUUCUGAAUUGUUCGGAAAAUUCAUUCCUUCUGAUUGGUUUCCGUUUGUGAGUUGGUUGGAUUCUGUAGGACAUCGGGAAGAAAUGAAGAAAACUGCACAAAUAUUAGACAAAACGUUUCACAAUUUCCUGCAAGAACAUCGAGAGAGGAGAGAUUGUAGUAAAGGGAAGAUGGAUCAAGAACAAGACUUCAUGGAUUUAAUGAUUUCUACAGUUGAGGAUGAUGAGGGAGAACCUUUAAGCUACCAUGUUGAUAGAAUCAUCAAAGCUACAUGCUUGAAUGUGAUAAUAGGUGGAUUUGACACUACAUCGAUUAUAAUGACAUGGGCCCUUUCUUUACUUCUCAACAAUGAAGAAGCAUUGAGAAAGGCUCAACUUGAAUUGGACAAACAAAUUGGAAGAGAAAGACAAGUGAAAGAGUCGGAUAUAAAAAAUCUUUCAUAUCUUCAAGCUAUCGUGAAGGAAACUCUACGAUUAUAUCCAGCUGCGCCACUCUUAGUCCCUCAUGAGUCUUCAGAAGAUUGCACAACCGCUGGCUACCACAUCCCAAAAGGAACACGCCUCAUUGUUAAUGUUCAAAAGCUCCAAAAAGAUCCAUGUGUUUGGGAGGAUCCAUGUAAAUUUCGACCAGAAAGAUUUUUAACAAGUCAUAAGAAUAUUGAUGUUAGGGGACAAAACCCCCAAUUGAUACCAUUUGGAAAUGGUCGAAGGCAGUGUCCUGCUAUAUCAUUCGCUCUUCAAAUAAUAUAUCUCACACUAGCAAACUUGCUACAUGGAUUUAAAAUUGAUAGGCUUUCAGAAGAACUAUUUGACAUGGAAGAGAGUGAUGGAUUGACCACUGCUAGAAAAUCUCCGCUAGAAGUUGUUUUAACUCCCCGGCUACCUGCCCCAAUUUAUUAGUAAAUCAGUGAGAUUGAUGCAAUUAAUAUCUUAGAUAGAUAAGUCUAUUAAGGAAAUCGACGUUAUAUUAUAAUCUUUAUAAAAUAUAUAAGUUCCUUUCUUACUAUUACCAAAUUAUAUCCGUUGUGAGACAGAACUCUUUAUUUAUCCUGAUAUCGAAGUCCAUGAAACCAAAAAUUUGUAAGAUGCAUAAUUAUUACUCAUCUGAUCAUUGUCGUGGAACUUUAUGUAUAAUAAUAUUAAUAACGGCUAUUG